GCAUCCACAGUGUAAAAGUAGUUUGUGUUCUUCUCAUCGAAUUUUGGGGUUUUAAGCCGCAAGAUAUAGAUUCAUUUGAAAAUUGGGGGGUUCAUUUGAAAAUUGGGGGAUUCAGGUUUUCAAUUCUGCCUGAGAGAUUCUGAAAAUUAAUUACAAGAUCAGAAGCAAAGAUUAGAAUUGGUUAUGGGGGUUUUGCACUUGAAGACUUCAGAUUGAAGUUUAGGGUUCAAAAAUUGCACUGGAUGAUCAGCCAUUUCUGCACUCAAAGGUACUUACUUUUAAUUCUCAGCUAUAUUGGAAAAGGGUCUUUGUUUAUUAAUUGAAAUUGGAGAUUAGAGUAUUGAACAAACAAAUCUUGGGGAUUUCUAAGUUCAUUAAGGAUUGCUGUUCAGUUUAGGCUAUCCUUUAAUGAAUGGAAGAAACAAGAAAUACAUCCUUAUACUCAAAUGGGGAAGAUAGAAUUAGUAGGUUACCAGAUGCAUUGAUUCAUCAAAUUCUCUCUUUCAUUGAUACUAAAUAUGCAGUUCAAACUAGUGUUCUAUCCAAAAGAUGGAUUAGUAUAUGGAAAUCCCUGCCGGAUCUGAACUUCGAUAGGAGUUCAUUUUCGCAUGAGAAUACAGAGAGGUUCAUAGAUUUUGUUUACAUGGUAUUCAUAUUUCGAGAUGAUACCACCAAUAUUCACGAGUUUAGGGUGAAUUGGGAGAACUCUGCAUAUGAUAAUACGGUGAUAAGGAAUGUUAAUAGAUGGAGCCUUAAUGCCGUUAAGCAUAAUGCUCAAGAAAUAGUUAUAUCAAUCAAUCAAUGUCAUAAUUCCGCGUAUGUAAUUCCUCACCAACUCCUGAAUUGUAAAUCACUCAGAAAGCUGGUAAUAGAAGUGUUCAAUACUGUUGGAUAUUUAGAUUUGGUUCUACCAAGUUCAAUGAAUUUACCCCAGCUUAAAUAAAAAAUGCAUGUAUGGAUUUUCGAUCUCCAAUCUAGAAAUAUCUAAAAGAUUCUUUUCAAGUUGCCCAGUUCUUGAAGCGUUAGACACAUUUUGUUCUGAUAUACAAACUGAUAAUCAAAGGAAUUUGGUUGUUGAAUCUCCCAGCCUUAAGAAGUUUGCAUACACUUGUUGCCAUAGACAUCUUUUGCCGCAAAAUGAUACUAUGGCUAACAUUAUCCAGUUAUUUGCUCCAAAUCUGGAAGACUUCAUUUGCAGAUUUUUCUCGACACAAGAUUAUUUUGUAGAAAUCUCUUGUCCACUAUCCGAGGUAUAUUUUGACAUGAUACUAAAAGAAAAAGAAGAAGAUGAGAAUGCAGAUACAUAUUCGGAAUUUCCUUCAGAGAAAAAAAUUGUAUAUGCUAAACGUGUGGUGAGAUAUCUCGGAGCGGUUUCUAUGGUGAAAAAUAUGGGAUUAUCACCUUUUUUCCUUGAGGUUCUCUCACAAGCUCCCAACCUAUUAGACUGUCAACCACCUCGCUUAUGUGAUUUACAAUAUUUGACGCUGGAAAUGUGGUCUACAAGAGCUUCCUUGAGGGCUAUAGCAUACUUACUCAAGAUAUCUCCUAAUAUAACUAAAAUUUAUCUUUGUUCGAAGACGAAGGAGUCAAAUAUAACCGACGUUGGAGAUGAUUGGGAAGCUGGAUUGUCAUUGCCAGGAAUGUUGUCUCACCUCAAGUAUGUGUCCAGUUUGAAGAAACAGAAGGAUGUGAUGCUGAGCUCAAACUCCUGGUUUUUUUCUUGAAAAACGCAAAGGUUCUGGAGAAAGUUGUUCUAUACUUUCGUCCUAGUGCUGCCUCGUCUAAAAGAGUGAGACAAGAGCAAUUUAAGGAUAAGCUAAGAGCAUCUUCAAGUAUCAAAAUGGUGUUCAAAAUUGAGUAGGUGACGUUGUGAGCUUCCUGGACAUGGGAUGCACAAGAUGAGACAUGUGGUAUUUGUAGGAUGCCCUUCGAUGGCUGUUGCUCUGAUUGUGAACGCCCUGGAGAUGACUGCCCUCUAAUUUGGGGUGCAUGCGACCACGCAUUUCAUCUCCAUUGUAUCUUAAAAUGGGUCAACUCACAAACAUCUCAAGCAAAUUGCCCUAUCUGCCGCAGGGAGUGGCAAUUCAAAUAGCAAGGUAAUGUGGUACAUGCCUCCUCUUGCUUUUCAUCAGUUUUCCGGUCAGAAAUUCGAUUAUAUCCAGACUUUGAAACAGUUUGUUGCUGAGGUUAUGAAAAUGUGAAAAAACUGAAGUGACAAAGAGUAAUUGACCCGAUGAAUCAAACAUUUUUCAUUAUGCUUUGCAAACCAUGCAUUUAUUGCAAACAAAUACGAAGAGAGACGAAAGAAAGAUCUACAGAGCAAAAGUACAACAUAUUGUAUUUUUGUUCUUAUUGGUAGGCACAAACUGAUGGAAUGUUAAAAUAAAAUUUUAAUUCUUCAUUUCUUGUCAUUCAUUCCGAUUGUGUUCUUCACAGCCUCCACAGUACCUUGUGCUGUGUUCACCACUGCUGUUCCGGUCUGCAUAGCAUUAAUUUACACCAAAUACAGUAAUCAUACUCCAUUCUUAACAAAUCAAAAUCAAUAACUAAGAAUACAAUAAUACUUAUGACCCUAAUUUAUUUACCUUUUCAAGGAAUCCAGGGGUCUUUUCCUCUUCCGGCUUGGCAGCUUUAGAUACAGAAUCAGCUGCAUUGGCAACAUGCUCCUUAGCUGUUUGAGUUGUAUCCGCAAGGACACCAGAGGUCUCUUCCUUUUUCUGCUGGGCAGUGUUGGUUGUAGUGUUGGCUGCAUCUGCUACAUAGUCUCUAGUUGCUUUAGCUGCAUCGGCGACGUGUUCCCCAGCUGUGUUAACUGUGUUUUUAGCUGAUUCAACUGGACUCUGAUUAGAAGACAUCUUAAAAUGAAAGAUUAAUAAGCUAGAUGAGAGAUUGAACUUCAAAUUGGUGGGUGGCUGUAUGAUAAUAAGAUGAAGAGAUUGUUAUUUUUUCUUGUUAUCUUUGCCUCUCUACUUGUAUGGGUAUUUAUAGAUGACUGCCCUGUAAAGCUAUUUCAUUUAUUUUCGUUCAAUUUUUUUUUUUUAA